UCGAACAAGUAGCACUAACAGGACCAGCAGCAGGAGAAAAAGUGUCGUCCCGGUUGUGGCCAGACGGGUGGUACAGAGACAGCAGCAUCAUGGUGAAUACAGGUAUGCAGCUGAUCAGCUUCACCUGCGCUGUUACCGGCUGGGUGAUGGCUAUCGCAGUGACCGCGCUGCCCCAGUGGAAGGUCACGGCUUUCAUCGGGCCUAACAUCCUGACCUCGGAGAUCGUGUGGCAGGGCAUCUGGAUGAACUGCAUCUACCAGACCACUGGGCACAUGCAAUGCAAGACUUAUGACUCGUUGCUAGCGCUGCCGCCAGACAUCCAGGCGGCCCGUGCCCUCAUGUGCGUGGCUAUUUUUCUGGGCUGGCUGUCCUGCACGGUGUCCUGUUGCGGAAUGAAGUGCACCACUUGCGCCGGGGAUGAUCGCCAUGCCAAGGCUGGCAUAGCGCUGUCCGGCGGGGUGCUCUUCAUCCUAACAGGCCUAUGUGUACUCAUCCCCGUGUCCUGGACAGCCAACACAGUGGUGCAGGACUUCUAUAACCCCAACGUUCCCGUUCAGAAGAAGCGAGAGUUGGGCCAAGCCAUCUACCUGGGCUGGGCGGCUGCCGUCAUUCUCAUCAUCAGCGGCAUCGUUCUGAGCACCACCUGCUCCUACAUCGAGAAGGGACACUACAGACGCGGCUACAUGGGCCGCAGCUUUGCUAAUUCCAGGCCGUCCCCACUGGAUCCCCCGAAACCCAUCACCACCAACAGCGUGCCACUUAAGGAGUACGUCUAAGGUGGAAGGCGAGCGAUAGCAAUUGUAUAAGACUUAAACGGAGAUUGUAGAGGCGCCAGGGUGAGUUAUGUAAAAAAAAAUACACAUGAAUGGAUGCUCUCAGUUUGGAGAGACAGCUUGAAUGAUUCUCCUGCAGUGUUUUAGAGUUGUAGCUUUGAAUAUUUGUACUGUUUUUCUACUAUUCACUACUCAUGGGGGUGUACAGUCAUACCUGAACUACAGUAUUCCUGAGUAAUUUAUUAGAUUCAUUGUUGAUGGUUAUUUAUUUAUUUAUUAGAUUAAUUAUUGUUGGUGAUGUUUCUGAAGGAAAAAUUCCUACACUUUGCCUCUG